AUGGAGCGAACGAAAACAGAAGUAGAAGAUGGCUCUAUUUCUCUUGGAUUUUUAUUAUAUCGUCAAGGUGAAUUUGAAAAAGCAAAGCAAUUUUUCGAAUGUUUGUUAGCCGAAAAUGCAUUAUACGACUUUCACAAAGCUAGCUUGUACGAAUUUGCACCUUUACUCAAGCAAUAUGAUGUAACAAUGAACAGGAUUAGAUGCUACAGGGGGCUUGGAUCAGUUUCAAGUAUGCUCUCACAAUAUGAUGAAACACUGAUGAAUUUUCAAAGGGAACUUGCAAUAUUGACGAAAUUAAAUCAACAUGAAGCAGAAGUAGAAACAGCAUCUGCAUAUGUAGCAAUUGGUCAAAUUCACUUCUUCAAAAAAGAACUUGAUUUGGCUCUCUCAUACGAAGAAAAAGCACUUGCUAUUCUUCUCCCUUUAAAUCAUCCUGUACUGGCAUAUGUUUAUACCGCUAAAGGCGAUUUUGAUUCAGGCAUUCAGUUUUAUCAAAAGGCACUAGAACUUUACGGUCAACAUCUUCCUGCUAACCAUGAAAACAUUGGAGUUACAUACGCGAAUAUGGGAAUUGUCUAUAAAGAAAACAAAAAAUUUAAGGAAGCACUUCAAUGUUAUGAAAAAACACGUGAAACUUACCUAGAAUGUUUACCAUCGAACCACCCACGUAUUUUAAUAUUGGAGCAAGACAUUAGUCGUGCCAGAGCCCUAAUGAAUAUAUUCGUUUGCUAA